AUGUUCUGCUGGUCCUACCAGGAACCGCCGCUGAUCCUUGCCAUCACUGCUAUCGGGCUCACCGUGCUGGUGUUAACCGUGAGGGGCCUCAACUCACGGAGGAGGAGACUGCUUGUCACCUUAAGAGACCCUGACACCAAAUACCCACUGGCCUUGGUUGAGAAAGAAGAAAUCACCCACAACACUCGGAGGUUUCGCUUUAAGCUGCCCACACCAGACCAUGUCUUAGGCCUUCCUGUCGGUCACUAUGUCCAUCUCAUAGCCUCCAUCAAUGACAACAUAGUCACCAGACCUUACACACCAGUGUCCAGUGAUGAUGAUCAAGGCUUUGUGGAUUUGAUUGUAAAGGUCUACUUUAAAAAUGCCAGUCAUCCAGAAGGGGGAAAGAUGAGUCAGUACUUGGAUAACAUGAAAAUUGGGGAUUGCAUCCUUUUCCGGGGGCCGACUGGACGUCUGGUCUAUAAUGCACCAGGAGAUAUUUCCAUCAGAACACAGACUGCACAUGAUCCUGAAACAAGAGUGUUUGAGAACUUGGGAAUGAUUGCUGGGGGCACAGGGAUCACGCCCAUGCUGCAGCUCAUCCGGCACAUCAUCAAGAACCCUGCUGACAAGACCAAGAUCUCUCUGCUCUUUGCCAACCAGACAGAGGAAGACAUCUUGGUGAGAGCGGAACUUGAAGAGAUUGCUAGGACUCAUGAAGACCAGUUCAAACUAUGGUACACCGUGGACAGGCCUCCUGCUGAUUGGGAGUACAGCGUGGGCUACGUCACCGCUGACAUGAUAAAGAUGCACCUCCCUCUUCCCGGGAAUUCCACAUUCAUCUUGUUGUGUGGUCCACCCAUCAUGAUCCAGGGAACUGUUCUUCCUAACCUGAUGAAACUGGGUUACACCGAGGAGAUGAUUUUCGUCUACUAA